UUCUAUGGCAACGCGUAUCGGGCAGCUUUGGUUCCGCCGCUAGGCCAGCCAGCCGGAUUGACGCAUCGUUUCCACAGAGCAAAGAGCCAUGACAGGCGUCGUAUUGCUGCGAGAUUUCGAAUGCGGCAUCCCCAAGGACCUGCGGGUUACUUUCGUCGAUCAGUUGCCGGAGGAUGCACUGUGUAUUCAGUGUGACAACGUGUCGGCCCGAUUGUACAGAGACUUGCUUGGCCAUGGCUACUGCAAGUCAUGUCGUGCCAUGUGUGAGCGAGGCGGGGCCUUCGCGUGCGCUACUUGUGAAAAGGCAUACAAAACUUGGGAGCUUACGGCAGAUUUUUCAGCACCAGACAAAAUAAAAAAAUUGAGAGUCAUCUGCCCCAAAUCGAGUGAACGUGAACCUGUACACAUAACCUUCAGCGCCCUAAAGGCCCACCUCAAGCACUGCUUUUGUAAUGAGGUCGCUAAGAAAACUGAAGGAUCGAGUACACGCUCUUACGCCACGGUGCGCUCGCCUCCACCAUCAGCAAAGCAACAAAGUGCCGCACACUCGGCUGACAAGAAAGAAGAAACCAUCGUUGUAAAGGUCAGCGUGUGCCCCGUGUGCAGCGCUGAGAUGCCCAAGAAACUCAUCGGAGGUCACAUGAAAGAAUGUAUUCAAAAGCAACAGGACAGCCUCCACUACCUGGUGUCACUCCCUGAGCAAGAAAUUCCGGAGAGCUUCAAUGGCACUGGGCGACAGGACCCUUUCGAUGAAGUUGGCAUGUCGCAUGCAGCUAACAAGUUCACUGCGGAGCACACCAGUCCUUUCGAAAGCCGCGUCUACCCACCCAGGAAUGAGCAUCCUGUAUCUUCAGCCGAAUCCUCCGAGCUCGCUCGUCUGCUGCAAGAGGCUCUCUCGAAGAUAUCCCAUUUGGAAAACGAAGUAACAGAGCUUAAAAAGGCGGCUAACAAAGAAAAAGACGAGAUGGAGAUGCUCCAAGUUGCAGUGCCAACAAUCCAAGGAGACAUGAGGAACGUCCAAAUUCAGUGUGAACAACGCAUUGCAAAAUCGGAAAAGAUGGUCUCGAGUCUCGAGGAAUGCCACGAUUCUCUCCAGGAAACUUUGUCGGUUAUCAAUGAAGAGACAAAAGUUCGUCUGGGUGCGGUUGAAGAGGCAAUGAAAGAAAUGAAUGAAAGGUAUUACGCUGCAGUCCCCAGCUUGCAGGAACAAAGCUGGGAUCUUCACAGACGCAUGGAGAACUUUUCGGCACAAUUGGCUCAGAUGAGAAACGACUUCAAUGGUUUUGUGCACAAAUUCGAUCAGGAACAAGAGGAGCACGGUCAAGGCAAGAAGGGUCACAGGCGUUUCAAAUAGUUUGAUCUUGAGCGCUGAGAUCAACAGAAUGUUUGCUUCAAACUUGCUACAGAGAAACAGAGUUACUUUGCGAUUUCUUUUCUACCAACAACUUCGUUUUAAACAUCGUUCAUUUUAACAAUGACGUGAAAUAAAAGCGAUCAAAUUGGAA